CUGAUUUGACCGCGUUUCCAUUACUGACACGGUUAGAUCUUUCGAACAAUUCCUUAAAUGGGACCAUUGACAAAAGUAUUGGACAACUUUCGAAGAUGGAAUAUUUGGACACCACUCUGAAUUCAUUGGAAGGCAUUAUCUCUGAAAGCCACUUCUCAACCCUCUCUAGCUUGAAAUAUUUGGACUUCUCUAAUAACAAACUAAUUCUCAACAUCAGCUCCAGCUGGAUUCCUCCUUUUCAACUCGAUGUUAUACGGUUAGAAUCUUGCAAGUUGGGGCCUGACUUCCCAGAAUGGCUUCGAAAUCAAAACAAUUUCUCCGAGCUUGAUGUCUCUGGAGCUGGAAUUUCUGAUGAUGUCCCGAAUUGGUUUUGGGAUCUGCCUCCCAACUUGGUUAACAUAGAUAUCUCUAAUAACCAGAUGAAGGGCUUGGUGCCUGAUUUAUCUUCCGCAGUUUCCUUCUUCAAAAUAAAUUUAAGUUCAAACAGCUUUACAGGCCAAAUACCGCGACUUCAUUCCCAUGUAUCGAUCUUGGAUCUAUCCAAAAACUUGUUUUCGGGGUCCAUUUCGAUCAUAUGUGCGGUUUCCUUUCUCGUGUACGUUGACCUUUCAAGUAACCAAUUAUCGGGAGGGCUUCCCGACUGUUGGGAACUUUUUCAAUCACUACAAAUGCUCAAUUUGGCCAACAACACUUUAUCCGGAGAACUUCCAAGAUCAUUUGGUUCCUUCUUAAACCUCAAAGUAUUGCAGUUAAGCAACAAUAAUUUCUCCGGGGAAUUGCCCGAGUCCUUGAAGAACUGCCCGCAUUUGAUAAUUAUUAACUUGGGAGGAAACAGAUUCACUGGAAAAAUACAACCGUGGUUGGGGACACGUAUCCCGAAUUUAAUGAUUCUUAGUAUACGCUCCAACAGAUUCUAUGGAGACAUACCUCGAGAUAUUUGCCUCCUUAACUCCCUCCGUGUUUUGGAUUUCUCUCAGAAUGAUUUGUCCGGGAAGCUGCCACCGUGUUUUGACAAUUUUUCUGCUUUGGUUCAAAGAGAUUAUAGCAUGAAAGAAACCAUCGAUUUUGCAUAUUACAGCACCAUUUACCUGGGGAAUGUAUUGGUGCAAUGGAAAGGACAAGAACGGGGGUACCAAAGAAGACUCAGGCUCUUAAAAAUGAUUGACUUUUCUAGCAACAAAUUUUCGGGGGAAAUUCCACAGGAAAUCACUAGUCUUGCAGAGGUGGUCUCCUUGAACUUGUCCAGAAACGAUUUUACCGGUAAAAUCGUCCAGAACAUUGAUCGAAUGAAAAUGUUGGAAUCUCUUGACUUGUCUAGAAAUAGACUUUUUGGCAAGAUUCCUCCAACCCUAGCUGCUCUAAAUUUUCUAAGCGUGUUGGACUUGUCUAACAACAACUUGUCUGGAAAAAUCCCAACAAGCACCCAACUGCAAAGCUUUGAUGCCUCGGUUUAUUCUGGGAAUGCUCAACUUUGUGGGGUUCCACUUCCAGAUAAGUGUCCGGGGGAAGAACAAGGCGGCAAGAAAGGGAUUCAAGAAGGAGAUGAUGAGGACAUGUUUACUACACCGGCAUUUUAUAUCAGCAUGGGCGUUGGCUUUGCGUGUGGAUUCUGGGCAAUUUUUGGCACAAUUCUCUUUAGUAGUGUGUCAAGAUAUGCCUGGUUCAAGUUCUUGGACGAAGUAGCAGAUUGGUUGUACGUUACCACAGCAGUGAACUUUAAUAGAUUGAAGAGGCGACUUCGGGGCUAAUCGGUAUGUGUCUUUCCAAGGUUGUUUCUUUAUUUCUUUUUUCUCCAGUCCUCCCCGGCUAUAUAAUUGCACAUCGAUACUGUUACUGUUGUUGUGCAUGCAGGCAUUGGUAUCACGGUAUACCCUUUUUUCACAAUGUAACCCACAAUUUAAGUGCAAAAACUUGCUUGAGUUCUUGGUUUCUUCUGGUUCUCUUUUUCUAUUCGCAACAUUCAAUCUAUUGAAAGCUAGCUUUGGCUCUUCAAUGCUAGGAUUCAUAACCAAACAAAUGGCUCUUUAAUGCUAGUUUAGUUUUUCAAAUCGAUACCCUUUCUUCCUUUUGACAACUCAAGGAUUGUAAUGUAGCGAAACAUAUUAAUAUACCAGCUUAAAUUUACUUCACGGCAUGUCAUAUAUGUUACUUCAAGCAGAAGAGUUGUAUUUAAAGAGUGAUAAUUGACAAAUCUCAAUUUUUUUUGUUGUUGUUUCCUUUUCUUUCCCUUCUAUUCCCGUUUUCCAGGAAAGCUAGCAUACCCGACCUAAGGCACCGGCUACUUGGAAUGAAUUUUCGAUCGAUGGUGCAGAAGUCUUUGAUAUCAGCUCUGAGUAGGCUUGUGUUGAGGGAAAGGAAAGUAUCUAAUGAAAUAUCGUUUCCUUCUUACUGGGAACUCUGUUCUACUAUGUUUUUGUUUGUUCCACUUUGGUCGGACUUGUCGGUAAAACGACGGGGAGGGUCUCGUUUGAAGUAUUGUAUAUAUCUUACAAUUUCAAGCAAUAAGAAACGGGUUUGGAAUUUUAUUCCAUCUGCAUUUUGGUUAAGUACUCCGCUUAUAUCAUUCUUCGAGUUUAGGGUGCUAAUUACUUGCACACAGUUGAUCCCAAACUUGGGAAAACGGAGAUUGCACAGUUGAUGGUUUGACAACCGCAUAAAAAUAAUCCUGUCAAUGGGAAUCCAAAUAUAACCGUCUAAUGCAUUGUGGUUUUUUAUUUUCUAAAGAUUAGAUAUAAUAAAAACAUAGAGAAAAUCUGAACCGUUGUAUGACAAACAAAUCGUUAGUACUUUGCAUGUUGUGGUCGUUUAUGUCUUAUAAAAAAAUUCGCAUUUGUGAUAAUUUGGGUCGGCCCAGAUAUGGUCCAAACAGAAACUAAAGUGGAAGAUGGACUAGAAGUAUAGAUGUAAUUGUUAGUCAUUAUUUUAUUUUAUAUAACUACAAUCCUUAACAUGAAGAAUUUUAAAUCACUACUCUCAAGUAGUUAUUUCAAAUCUAUCAUAAAAGAGCUCUCAAACUC